UUUGCGCAGGAACUCCUCUCGACGUUCUCGACGCAGCUGGGCGAGGUGGCGCUGCAGCCGGCGACGGGGGGUGUCUUCACGGUGACGCUGUAUCAUCGGCGGGGGCUGGAGGCCGAUGCAAUCACCGAGACGGUGCUGUGGGAUCGGAAGCGGGAUGGCGGGUUUCCUGAAGUCAAGGUGCUUAAAUCCCUCGUGCGGAAUGUGGUGGAUCCCGGGCGGGACUUGGGACAUACCGAUCGGGCGUUGAGGAAGGCCCGCGAGCUGGGGCAGCAGCAGCAACAACAAGAAGAAACUCAGGAAAAGGAGAAGUGUGAGGAUUGUCAAUAG